GUUGAAUUUCCGCUUUUCGAUAAUCUUUGGUUUUGCGACUUCUGUGGAAAACGCCGAAAUAACGAUGCUUCCAUUAUCACUUCUUAGAACAGCAGUAAACCAUCCUAUGUUGGUUGAGUUGAAGAAUGGAGAGACAUACAAUGGACAUUUAGUAAGCUGUGAUAACUGGAUGAAUAUAAACCUCCGAGAAGUUAUCUGUACUUCAAGGGAUGGAGACAGAUUUUGGAGAAUGCCAGAGUGUUAUAUAAGAGGAAGCACUAUAAAAUACCUGAGAAUACCGGAUGAAGUAAUAGACAUGGUAAAAGAAGAGGUCAUACAAAAAUCUAAAGGUCGUGGUGAGAUGAAAGGUCGUGGGGGUGGACAGAGAGGUCGUGGAGGCAGAGGAGCUUUUGGACGAGGUGGUGGCCGAGGGGGUGGAGGUCGUGGUGGGGGAAAUAGACCUGGUAAAGGCAGAGGAGAACUGAAGAUGAUGAAAAUUGUAACUUUCCAAGUUAUAAUAUGUGUAACAGUUUUUCAUCAAACUUGGUGUGCAGUUUUGAAGGCAAGACGAAAUGAAGAAGAAGAAAAAUACAGAUCGUGUGGUACAGACAACCAGGAUGGGGUUGUACGAUCAUUUCUGUGGAAGGUGAAACGUGAUCCACCAUCGUACUUCUUUGGAACAAUUCAUGUCCCAUACACUAGAGUAUGGGACUACAUUCCAGAAAACGCCAAGGUUGCUUUCAAACAGUCGGAAAACAUUUACUUUGAGCUAGAUCUGACAAACCCUUACACAAUGACUUCAUUAGCAAAUUGUCAGUUAUUACCUCAUGGUGAAAAUCUUUCAAACGUUUUGCCGAAAGAUAUUUAUACGAGAUUAAAAGAACAUUUGGAUUAUAUACGAGAAAAAAUGCCAAAAUGGAUAACUCCAGAUCAGAAGGGUAAAGGCCUGUAUGCCGAUUAUUUAUUCGAUGUGAUAGCAGGAAAUUGGGAAAGGAAAAGACCGAUUUGGGUGAUGUUACUCGUGAACUCAUUGACUGAGAGUGAUAUUAAAUCACGCGAGAUUCCAGUUCUUGAUCUAUAUUUAGCGCAAGAAGCAGAAAGACUUGGAAAAAUUACGGGUGCUGUAGAAAAAGUCAAAGAACAAUGUGUUCCAUUAAACGAUCUAAAUUAUUCACAGGUUCUGUUUGCUUUGAACCGGACGUUAGGGCAACACGAAUCAUACAGACUCUCAGAUAGUGCAAUACCUUAUACCACAGACGAUCUUAUCCAUCAUUACAACUGUGGGGACCUAAAUGACAUCAUAUUUAACAAAGACUCUACGCAGGUCCCAAACUUGUUAAACCAUUCUAUACCUCCUAGUGAAAUAAAAACAGCAGAAGUUAUAAAUAAUUAUUUCCAGACGGAGCUUAUAAACAAACGGAAUGAGAGAAUGGCAGACAGAGUAGCAAGUCUUCUCAACAGUCAUCCACAUGAAAGUUUCUUCUUUGCCUUUGGUGCUGGUCACUUUCUAGGCAACAACACAGUGAUUGAUAGACUAAAAGGGAUGGGGUUUGAUAUUGAACAUACACAUCCUGAUCAAGAAAUUCCAAAGAUAAAUUAUGAAAAUGAUUGGCCCGAACGUAAAUCACCAUAUUUGAGCAUGAAAUCAGCCAGUUUUCCACUGUCAACGAGUCUGUAUUCUGGUGAUAUACAAUACUUUGUGUCCAAUAGGUUGAAAUUACAUCAUAGAAACAGAAAUAAGCAUAGAAACAAGCUUCAAGAAGAGUUUGGAGAUCUCUGGGACCAAAUGGAUGAGGAAUCUAGGGCAUGGUUAGAGAAGACGAGAUCAGCAAGAAGAAAGAAAUAUAAUAGUGAUAAACCAUUUAAUGACCUCUGGAUCCGUAUGGAAACUCCUAGUCCUGGUUUGAUACAGCAGCUGUCGGCAGAGUCCAACAUGUACCAGCAUCAAGUGAAGCCAACACCGGAAUACACUCGCUACCUCUACAACAGUGCUACAAACCAAACCAACUCUGUACAUUGUUUCUAUAUCAUUUGGACAAUUCUAAUCUUACUGAAUUUGAGAUGAUUUUAAAGGAAAAAAGGUUCACAGCUUCACCUCGUAAAAAAAUGAGUCUGAUUAAGUUUGAAGAAAGGGUGUUCAAUGAAAUUUUAUGUCAUUAUUUGCUGUUGCAAUAUACAUGUACUGUAAAACCUGCUGAUAAGGGGAAAUGGAUAAUGACUUAAUAGUGCUAAGUCAUUCCUGUUUGGUUCGCCUUUUCUGUAGCGAGGUUUUUAACACUUCGUUAUCAGAUACUUCAUCAAAAUACUUGUAUAAUUCAUCAUUUUGGGUGGUAUUAGUAAAUUCAAUUUUUUCAAAGUAAACUUGAUUACUUUUGAGCUGAAUAUCUAUUUUGUUUUCUAUGGUAUAUUUUCCAUUGUAAAUUCAUCCAGUUUGGAUGGAUAUCACAGUUUUUUUCUAAAUUGCAAAUUGAACUUCAUUUGUGUUUUGAGUUCUUACGAAACUUUCAGGGUAUCUAAAUUAGCAUUAAAGCAGAAUUAUGAAGAAAUUUUUGAAAAAUCAUGCUCCAGAAGUGGUGCAUCAAACAGUAGUAUUUAAGCAGUUGUAAAAAUGGCACAGCAAGAAAAUAAUUUCAUAGUCUUCGCUAAUGAUGACUGUAUUGCCAGUCAGUAUCAGAACAAGAUUUGCAUUCUAUUUAUUUUAUAAAAAUGAAGAAAAUGAUGGAAACUUUUGUUCGCAGUUCACAAGCUUCAUAGGAUGAUUGCCUAUGGUCAGUUGAUGACCCCCUAUUAUUUUGGACUAUAGUAGAUCAGAGGUCAGGGCCAUAGUGGUCCUGGGACUGAAAAGGGGACAGAUUUGUUAUUUAAACAACUUGUGUUUAUCUUAUUAAUGAAGAAAUAGUGGGAAAUGAUAUGGCCAGUCUGUUAUUUCAUUAUUUAAAAAUGGCCAAAAUUGAUGUUUUUAUCAUUAUCUACCUCAAAGUUUAUUUUUGUAUAUUUUGUAAAUGUUCUCAAUAUUUGUUGAUAUUAUGGCAUUUUAUGAAGCAUUCAUCUUAAUGGCAAACAUUUGAGCCAAGUCAAAGUAAAUUGUACCUCAUCCUUGAAGUUUAUUUUGGUUUCAGUAUCUUUUAAAUAAAUCAAGUUAUUGAACAUGAAAAUCACAUUAGUUAAAAAUGUUUCAUUAAUAAAACCUAUUGUUUUUGAAAUAGUUUUAAAUUCCCAAUGAAAUAUUUUCAGAUACCAUUUCUUUAUGGUAGCACGCACAUUAAUUAGUCGAAAGGUUCAUUUAGGAUCAGUUUACCAGCCUGGUGGAAGUAGUUUGUGAAGGAAUUCAAUAAAAUGUAAAGUGAACACACAGGAAAGCACCUAAGUAAAAUGUUAAAGGGCCAGUAUAAUACACUUAGGACAUUCACUCCUUGAGUUUUGAAAUCAUUCUGUAUUCUGUACAAUAGUGAUAUUUAAACUCUUCCAAAAAAUUGACAUUUUUGUUAAAAAAUAUGAUUAAUGACAAGAACAGGUUGUUUAUUAAUUUUGUGUAAGGACCAAAUUAAAUGUGGUUUUUGCUCUAUUUUAAUAAGACAGAGUGAAAUAUGUUUAUUGAGAAUUAUUACAUUUACUGAUCAGCAUUAUUUGUUUAUUAAAAACUGUGAUUUGUGUUUUGACAUAAUUUGAUUUUUUUGUUUUAACCAUUUCAGGUUAAAUUUGUUAAUUGGUUUUGUUCAAUGAUAACUUCUAAAGUCAGUAUGUGAAACCUGCAUUUAACCCUUAUCAUGCUUAGUAGACAUAAUUGAUUCUGCCUUUGUGACCAGAGUAUAUCAUGAUCAGCCUUCACAUCCAUGCAGUCUGAUCAAGAUCUACACUGUUUGCCAUUCAGUCAGUAUCUUUUUGGUAUACCUUUUCAGUUAAUGGUACUGGUUGGGAACAUUUUUCCGGACUGGACCAGUUUCCGGACACGUGUAAUAUCCGCUUUAUUUCGUUGUUAUUCAUGUAAUUGUUUCAUCUAGAUCAUUUAGAUGUUUGUUCUUCAUGUCUACAACAAACCACUAUUUUAUAAGGCUGUGUAAUGUUUGGGUUUUUGAUGAUAACUCACCUGCGUUUACAAAACAACUUUCUGUCUUAACGGGGCAUGAAGAUAGCAUUGCGCAUGCACAGUAGUUCACACAUGCCGAGGUAUCAAGUGGGGAAGAAAUAAUCAAACUACAUAAUGAUUGUCUGCUGAUAACAUGUUCUACUUUUAAUUUCACGCUAAAAGUUACGUAAGAUGCAGGGCUGUCGAUUUUUGCACUAAUUUCAUUCUAUAUCUAUUGGAAUUAUCAAAAAUUCGUAUAAGACGAAAUUCGAGUUUUUUAUAGUCAACCUCGCUUUGCUUUCGUAGCUGCUAUUGAAAGUCGCGUUUUGUUUCAUGUGCAAUUUUGAAGAGAUGAAUGAUAAAGAAAUGUGUAGAAAUAGUUUAAUUACUUAUUUUGAUAUCAAAUUAACAACAAAACACUGUCAAAAUAUUUGUCCGGAAACUGGUUUACCUGACGGGAAAAAUAAAUCAUUUUAGUGACCCCAUUUGAGGCCCCAUGGAACCCAUAUUUUACAUCACAACGCGAUGCUGAUUACAACAUCGGAUGUGGAAGGAGCUGAAGUUUGUGCAAUAUGGGCUUCAUUUAUGUCAAAAAAUUUUUUAGGGAAUAAUGUAGCCGAAAUAUGAAAAUGUGUCCGGAAAAUGGUUCCCAACCAGUACUGUCCAAAUUGAAAGAUGGACAAGUUCAUUACAGAGAUUUAGCAGGGUAAGGGUUAAUGUCUUUCACUGUCCUCUGUAUUGUUUGCAUAGACAGACUAAACUCUCAUCUCUCAAGUUAUGAGAGAAUUUUUCACUAGAAUUAUUAUUAUUAACAUAAUUGCGGAAAGUGAUAUUCUUGUAAAUAAACUUAAACAGCAACACUAUUCUUCAAAACAAAUUCACCCGCAAUGCUAAAUAUAAUAGGUAUGACAAACAUCAGCCAGUCAUAUUCUGGUUUCUGUAAAAACGUUAUCCAGUCAGCAGCCUCAUUACAUUUAUUGGCUAUCUGUAAACAUUUUUUUUUAAUGAACAGUUUAACUGAGAUAUUAGCCAUACUGCUCUUUCUUUUAAGUAUAGUCAUAAAAUAAAACACUGUAUGAUAAUCUUGGUGAAUAUCCAAGUCUAUGAGUCAGACCAAGGCGAUAUUUACCUAAUCAUCAUACAGUACCAUUAUUGUAUGACUAGUCUAUAUUCAACUCAUGUUUUCUGGGCUAAUAAGUAAAAAAUUUGAAACUAAAACUGAAAAGUAAUUUCUGACGUUGUGUAAUAAAACACUCGUUGAAUAGCUUACCAGGCCGUAGUCAGAACUAUUGACCUUUGAACCUCAAGAAGUACCGAUUAUUGACCAGCAAGCCAUUCAAUAAGCGUAGUACUAUACUAUAUGACUGCAAGUAUAUGUGAAGUUCAAAUAAUCCAGCCAAGAAUCUGACCAUCAGACAUUAAAUGAGCCGUGCCAUGAGAAAAUCAACAUAGUGGGUUUGCGACCAGCAUGGAUCCAGACCAGCCUGCGCAUCUGCGCAGUCUGGUCAGGAUCCAUGCUGUUCGCUAACAGUUUCUCCAAUUCCAAUAGGCUUUAAAAGCGGACAGCAUGGAGCCUGACCAGACUGCGCGGAUGCGCAGGCUGGUCUGGAUCCAUGCUGGUCGCAAACCCACUAUGUUGAUUUUCUCAUGGCACGGCUCAAAUUAAUUAAUCUUCGUCUGUGGUAAAUAUGGUUAAAAUUCGAAAAGAAAAAUUGAGUGCUAUCUUAACCUUUUAUCUGGCAUACAUAGGUCACUUUAGCAAAGUGGUAAAAAAUUCAAACACACAACAUCAAAAUUAGAAAUAAUCCAUCCUUUACGGCCAUGUAUGUCAGCAAAAUGUGAGAAAUAUGGUUACAGAAAUCAUCAGGAGGACUUUAAUUUUUUCAUCCAGUAUUCCACCUGUAUAUUCCUUUAAACUUAUCUUUGACCUUGAACCUUGCAAUACUUUUAUUCCUAGUAAGUUCAACACAUGAAAAGCAAAGUAAUAGGUGGACUUCUUUUUCUUUUUAAUUGACACGUUUCAGGCAUAUUUUGAUUCCUUUACAUAGGAAUCUGGUUGUUGAAGAAAUAUUAUGAAAAAUUAAGUUAUUGUCAAUUUUGGAACAUGAAUCAUUAUUGUUGCUAAAUAAACAACUACAAAACUUA